GUAGUUUCUUUCAGGGUAGUAUCAUCGUAGGCGGUGUACCGUAGUGGUGAGAUCUCACAACGUGUGUGUGUGUGUGUCUGAUUUUAAUACCUCCUCACCAUGGCAGCGCCCAAAAAAGUCUGCAUUAUUGGCUCUGGAAACUGGGGCUCUGCCAUUGCCAAGAUAGUGGGUGCCAAUGCUGCUGAGAAUUCAAAGUUUGACAGCACUGUAAAGAUGUGGGUGUUUGAGGAGACUGUGAAUGGGCGUAAACUGACAGAAAUAAUCAACACUGAUCAUGAAAAUGUGAAGUACCUUCCUGGGCAUAAGCUGCCAUCCAACGUGAUGGCUGUCCCAGACAUGGUGGAGGCUUCCAGUGAUGCAGACAUUCUGGUUUUUGUGAUCCCCCACCAGUUCAUUGGAAGAGUGUGUGAUACAAUGAAGGACAAGAUAAAGAGUGAUGCACUGGGGAUAUCCUUAAUCAAGGGUGUAGACGAGGGCCCUGACGGACUUAAACUCAUCUCUGAUGUGAUCCAGGAGAAGCUGGGUAUCACCAUGAGUGUGUUAAUGGGGGCCAAUAUUGCCAACGAGGUUGCAGACGAGAAAUUUUGUGAGACCACUAUCGGAUGCAAGAAUAAAAAUCACGGGGCUCUCCUGAAGGAACUCAUGCAGACCAAUAAUUUCCGGGUUACUGUAGUUGAGGAGUAUGAUGUAGUUGAAAUCUGUGGUGCCCUGAAGAAUAUUGUGGCAGUUGGGGCAGGUUUUUGUGACGGCCUGGGCUUUGGGGACAACACUAAAGCAGCCGUGAUCAGGCUGGGCUUAAUGGAGAUGAUUGCGUUUGCUCGCAUUUUCUGCACGGCUGGGCCUGUCUCCUCAGCAACCUUCCUGGAGAGCUGCGGUGUGGCUGACCUGAUCACAACAUGCUACGGUGGCCGCAACCGCAAAGUCGCCGAAGCUUUUGCAAAGACUGGAAAGUCCAUUGAGGAGCUGGAGAAGGAAAUGCUGAAUGGACAAAAGCUGCAAGGACCAGCAACAGCGGCUGAAGUUUUUCUCAUUCUGAAGCACAAAAACCUGAUUGACAAGUUCCCACUGUUCAAUGCAGUGUACCAAAUCUGCUAUGAGGGCCACCCAGUCAAAGAGUUCAUAAGCUGUUUGCAGAACCAUCCAGAGCACAUGUAAUCAGAGUGACCAAGUGCCUUCUGAAUGAAGAGGAUUUAUACCACUACACCAACUUUUUAACCUGUUAUAAAAUGGGAGAUCACCAAUCACUAAGCAGCUGUGAUGUGGCAAACUGGUUCCAGCCAAAUCUCACCUUUACUCUUUGGAAGUGUGUGUGUGUGUGUGUGUGUGUGUGUGUGUGUGUGUGUGUGUGUGUGUGUGUGUGUGUGUGUGUGUGUGUGUUCAACUGGAGUUCAACCACUUUUUUUCUGCCGUUCAUUUUUGUCUCAACUUAAACUACCUGUUUUUAUUUGAUAUUUACACCAAGUUUGCCUGCUGCAACUUCAUGUGACAGUCACAGUUCAUUUUGCCUGAGUUAUUGUGUAAGUUGGAUGAAAUCAGAAUGCGUGGUUUUAUUUAUCUAGUAAUGAUCAUGUGAGGAGCAGCAGCACAAUCAAUCCAUUGCAAAUGCUGAAACUAAAUCAUGGGACACCACAAUCUCUUCUAAUUUAGCAUAGAGCUGUGCCAGCUUAGCAGCUGGCUAUCAAUUUUGAACGUUUCAGCAGGCUGCGGUUGAUCAAAUAGCUUUGGCUGAAGAUAUGGAUGUUGCUUUAAAGCCAAAUCAUGCAUUUUCAUUUUUUUUCCCCCAGGGCUAGUUUACUCGAGUAGAGACCCAUUUGAUCAUAUGAUUCUUUUAAGUCCAACAUAUUGUAAGUUGCCGUCCAAUGUCCACCACCAGGAGUUUGAUUUUAAUACCUCUUUUUUGACUGCAUGCAUUAGUGUGGGACUUUUGUAUGCUCUUGUUUUAGUGUCUUAUAUAAUUCAUUCAAGUGGUACGUCCUGAUUUGUACUGUAUGUGAAUGUACUGUAGGUCUGCAUAGUAACCGUUUGGAGAAAAGUGCCUUAAUGAGUGGUUGCUAAAAGCCCUGGCCGUUUCUCUGCUUGCUUUUAAAGUCUCGACCCUGCCUUUGGAAGUUCAGUUGUGACUAACGUGUAAUGGAAAUUGUCAAUAAAAUUUUGCCUUUGA